AAACAAAAAGAUAAAUAAAAAAACAGGAAAACAAUCAGCAGUGACACAACUAUAGUUCAACCAUUAUAAAAACAUUAUAAUGAAUGUUUCUUAUUAUAAAUAGUCUGAGCAUCAUCCUGCAGUGGCCUCAGACCGAAUGAAACCAAACUCAGGACCAAGGCGUGUCCUCUCAGCAUCACUGCUCUCCAUCCCUCCAGGCUCUGAAAACGGGUCUCCUUUAGGGGCUGCAGGCCUCGGUGACCUUUAGGAUCGUAGGAAACGCCGACACUCCCUCCACAUCCUGCUGAGAGUCAUCAAUUAUGCAGGGAAGCUGCUGCUGCUGCUGCUGCUGCUGCUGCUGCUGAGGGGGAAGAGAGCAGCAACAAUAUGGCGACAACCGCAGUUUCUCCCCGAGCUCUCCCGCAUCUGCAGUCCUGCCGCGGCUCUCCGGAUCCACUGUAACCCUCUCAAAAGCUCCUACUGUGAACGGUCCAAACCUCAUGACCWAGUAGCUGCAGGAUGAAAACAUGGCUGCACCCCUUCUCGCACCGCCAGGACCUGAUAGCUUCAGGAAGUUUACGAGGGAGUCUUUGGAGGUCCUUGAGCAGCGCCUCAAAGAGGAGAAGAACAAGAAGCCGCCCAAGCAGGACAGCAGCUACCGCGACGACGAUGACGAGAACAAGCCCAAACCCAACAGCGACUUGGAGGCCGGGAAGAGCCUGCCCUACAUCUACGGGGACGUCCCUAAAGGAAUGGUGACGGUACCCCUGGAGGAUCUGGAUCCAUUCUACCUGAAUUCUCAGAAAACAUUUAUAGUGCUAAACAGAGGGAAGACAAUCUUCCGUUUUAGUGCCACACCUGCCUUGUACUUCAUAAGUCCUUUCAAUCCGGUUAGGCAAAUAGCUAUUAAAAUUUUGAUACAUUCUCUUUUCAGCAUGAUCAUCAUGUGUACUAUUUUGACCAACUGUAUAUUCAUGACCUUUAGUGAUCCUCCCGAGUGGUCAAAACAAGUAGAGUACACAUUCACAGGAAUUUAUACGUUUGAAUCUCUUGUAAAAAUCACAGCUCGAGGGUUCUGUAUAGACAAUUUCACAUUCCUAAGAGAUCCAUGGAACUGGCUGGAUUUCAUGGUCAUUUCGAUGGCGUAUAUAACAGAGUUUGUAAACCUAGGCAAUGUCUCAGCUCUGCGCACGUUCAGGGUGUUGAGGGCAUUGAAAACUAUUUCUGUAAUUCCAGGCCUGAAGACCAUUGUGGGUGCCCUGAUCCAGUCUGUGAAGAAGCUCUCAGAUGUGAUGAUCCUGACCGUCUUCUGCUUGAGCGUCUUUGCCCUGAUCGGUCUCCAGCUCUUCAUGGGCAAUCUGCGACAAAAGUGCGUGAUCUGGCCAAUCAACCUUAACGAGACUUACCUGAACAACGGCAGCAAGGGCUUUGACUGGGAGGAGUACAUCAACAAUGAUACCAAUUUCUACAUCCUGCAUGGCCAGUUGGAUGCUCUGCUYUGCGGGAACAGCUCUGACUCUGGCCGCUGCCCGGAGGGCUACACGUGCAUGAAAGCUGGCAGGAAUCCAAACUACGGCUACACCAGCUUUGACAGCUUCGGCUGGGCCUUCCUGGCCCUCUUCCGACUCAUGACGCAGGACUUCUGGGAAAACCUUUACAUGCUGACCCUGAGGGCAGCAGGGAAAACCUACAUGAUCUUCUUCGUCUUGGUGAUCUUUGUGGGCUCGUUCUACCUGGUGAAUCUGAUUCUGGCUGUGGUCGCCAUGGCAUAUGAGGAGCAGAACCAGGCCACCAUGGAGGAGGCUGCGCAGAAGGAGGAAGAAUUCAAGGCCAUGUUGGAGCAGCUGAAGAAACAGCAGGAGGAGCAGACUGCUCCCCCUGCGACCUCCGCCGGCACAGUGUCAGAGGAUGCAGUGGAGGAUGAUGGAGGAGGGCGUCUGUCCGUCAGCUCCUCUGAGAUGUCAAAGCUCAGCUCGAAAAGUGCCAAAGAGCGCCGCAAUCGCAAGAAGAAGUGGCGACAGAAGGAGCAGGAGAAGGAGAAAGGCGACAGCGAGAAGUUUGUCAAGUCAGAGUCAGAUGACGGCAGCAAACGGAGCCGCUUCCGUUUCCCUGAUAACCGCCUGGGUCGAAAGUCUUCUAUUAUGAACCAGUCUCUCCUGAGCAUACCCGGCUCGCCCUUCCUCUCCCGUCACAACAGCAAGAGCAGCAUCUUCAGUUUUAAGGGCCGAGGUAAGGACAUGGGCUCGGAGACCGAGUUCGCGGACGACGAGCACAGCACGGUGGAGGAGUGCGAGGAGCGCCGCGGCUCCCUCUUCAGCCCCUACCGGCGGAACAGCUACACGGGCUUCCACGGGAAGAGGAACAGCACGGUGGAUUGCAAUGGAGUGGUGUCACUCAUUGGCCCCGGGCCUGGCGGACGCCUUCUGCCAGAGGUGAAAAUAGAUAAGGCAGCUUCUGACGACAGUCCCACUACUGAGGUUGAGGUGAAGAAGAAGCUGUCGGGCUCCCUGAUGGUGUCUGUGGACCAGCUCAAUACCUCCUUUGGGCGGAAAGAGCGGGCCAACAGUGUCAUGAGCGCCAUUACCAACACACUAGCGGAGGAACUGGAGGAGUCUCAGCGCAAGUGUCCGCCAUGCUGGUAUAAGUUUUCUAACACAUUCCUGAUCUGGGAAUGCUGCCCCUUAUGGAUUAAGAUCAAGGAGAUUGUAAACCUGAUAGUCAUGGAUCCCUUUGUGGACUUGGCCAUUACUAUCUGUAUUGUUCUCAACACCCUCUUCAUGGCCAUGGAGCACUACCCCAUGACGCCCGACUUUGAGGACAUGCUGUCUGUAGGCAAUCUGGUAUUCACAGGGAUCUUUGCAGGAGAGAUGCUUUUAAAGCUUGUGGCCAUGGAUCCAUACUACUACUUCCAGGAGGCCUGGAACUGCUUCGAUGGAUUUAUUGUCACGCUGAGUUUAGUGGAGCUGGCUCUGGCUGAUGUUGAGGGUCUCUCUGUGCUGCGGUCAUUCAGAUUGCUGAGAGUGUUUAAACUGGCCAAGUCGUGGCCCACCCUCAACAUGCUGAUUAAGAUCAUUGGCAACUCAGUGGGAGCGUUGGGAAACCUGACUCUGGUGCUGGCCAUCAUCGUCUUCAUCUUUGCUGUUGUGGGCAUGCAGCUGUUCGGAAAGAGCUACAAAGACUGCGUGUGCAAGAUCUCUGAGAGCUGCGAGCUGCCCCGCUGGCACAUGAACGACUUCUUCCACUCUUUUCUGAUCGUCUUUCGGGUUCUGUGUGGGGAGUGGAUCGAGACCAUGUGGGACUGCAUGGAGGUGGCGGGCCAGGCGAUGUGCCUCAUCGUCUUCAUGAUGGUCAUGGUCAUCGGUAACCUUGUGGUGUUGAACUUGUUCCUUGCCCUGCUGCUGAGCUCGUUCAGCGCCGACAACUUGGCUGCGACGGACGACGACGGCGAGCCCAACAAUCUGCAGAUUUCCGUCAUGCGCAUCAAGAAAGGCAUUGCGUGGAUAAAGGCGAAGAUGCGGCUGCUGGUGGCGAGCCUGCUCAGGAAGCCGCCGAUGGAGGAUGAGCAGAAGCCUCUAGAUGACAUGUAUGACAAGAAGGUGAACUACAUUGGCAAUCACACGGGCGUGGACAUUAACCGUGACCUGGACUAUGCCAAGAAUGGCAACGGCACCACCAGCGGUAUUGGCAGCAGCGUGGGGAAGUAUAUGAUCGACGAGGACCACAUGUCGUUCAUCCACAACCCGAAUCUGACGGUUUGUGUGCCCAUCGCUGUGGGAGAGUCCGACUUUGAGAACCUCAACACAGAGGACUUCAGCAGUGAGUCCGACAUCGAGAACAGCAAAGAGCUGGACGACACCAGUUCCUCAGAAGGCAGCACCAUCGACAUCAAGCCAGACGUAGAGGAGGUGGUGGUGGUGGAGACGGUGGAGGAAUACAUGGAACCAGAAGCAUGUUGGACAGAUGCCUGUGUGGCCAAGUAUAAAUGCUGUUACCUUGACAUCACCGUGGGCUGGGGGAAAAGCUGGUGGUACCUGAGGAAAACCUGCUACCUGAUCGUGGAACACAACUGGUUUGAGACCCUCAUCAUCUUCAUGAUCCUCCUCAGUAGUGGAGCUCUGGCCUUUGAGGAUGUGUACAUUGAGCAGAGGAAGACCGUUCGGAUCAUUCUGGAGUACGCCGACAGGGUUUUCACUUACAUCUUCAUCCUGGAGAUGUUGCUGAAGUGGGUUGCUUAUGGUUUCGUCAAGUAUUUCACCAACGCCUGGUGCUGGCUGGACUUCUUCAUUGUGGAUGUGGUAGUCAACGCCUUGGUGGGUGCCAUCCCUUCCAUUAUGAAUGUGUUGCUGGUUUGCCUCAUCUUUUGGCUGAUUUUCAGUAUCAUGGGGGUCAACAUGUUUGCGGGCAAGUACUACUACUGUUUCAAUGAGACGUCAGAGGAAUACUUUUCCGUUAACGUGGUCAACAACAAGACCCAGUGUGAGGCACUUAUUAGCGAGAACCACACUGAAGUCAGGUGGAAGAACGUCAAGAUCAACUUUGACAACGUGGGCGCCGGCUACCUCGCCUUGUUGCAAGUGGCCACAUUCAAAGGCUGGAUGGACAUUAUGUACGCUGCUGUGGAUUCCAGAGCGGUGGAAGACCAGCCCGACUAUGAAGUCAACAUCUACAUGUACAUCUACUUUGUUGUCUUCAUCAUAUUUGGGUCCUUCUUCACUCUCAACCUCUUCAUUGGUGUGAUCAUUGACAACUUCAACCAGCAGAAGAAAAAGUUUGGAGGUCAGGAUAUCUUCAUGACAGAGGAACAAAAGAAGUACUACAACGCAAUGAAAAAGUUAGGGUCCAAAAAACCUCAAAAACCUAUCCCUCGACCGCAGAACAAGGUCCAGGGACUGGUGUUUGACUUUGUGACACAGCAAGUCUUUGACAUCUCCAUUAUGAUCCUAAUCUGCCUGAACAUGGUCACCAUGAUGGUGGAGACAGAUGAUCAGUCAGAACAAACAGAAACAGUCCUCUACUGGGUCAACUUCAUCUUUAUUGUAGUUUUCACUACGGAGUUCCUGCUGAAGCUAUUCGCCCUGCGGCAUUAUUACUUCACCAAUGGAUGGAAUAUCUUUGAUGUGGUGGUGGUCAUUCUGUCCAUUGUGGGUAUGUUCCUGGCUGACAUCAUUGAGAAGUACUUUGUGUCACCGACCUUGUUCAGGGUGAUCAGAUUGGCUCGAAUCGGCCGUAUUCUUCGGCUCAUCAAAGGAGCCAAGGGCAUCCGGACUCUACUCUUUGCCCUGAUGAUGUCCUUGCCAGCUCUGUUCAAUAUCGGCCUGCUGCUCUUCCUGGUCAUGUUUAUCUUCUCCAUUUUCGGCAUGUCCAACUUUGGCUAUGUGAAACAUGGAGCCGGCAUUGAUGACUUGUACAACUUUGAAACCUUUGGCAACAGCAUGAUCAUCUUGUUUAUGAUCACCACAUCUGCUGGCUGGGACGGCCUGUUGCUGCCAAUCCUCAACUACCCACCGGACUGCGACCUCAACUUGGAGAACCCUGGUACUUCAGUGAAGGGUGACUGUGGUAACCCCUCUGUAGGGAUCUUCUUUUUUGUCAUGUACAUAAUMAUUUCUUUCCUGAUUGUGGUUAAUAUGUACAUCGCCAUCAUCCUGGAGAACUUCAGCGUGGCCACAGAGGAAAGUGCUGAUCCACUCAGCGAGGAUGACUUUGAAACCUUCUAUGAGAUCUGGGAGAAGUUUGAUCCCACUGCCUCUCAGUUUAUCAGUUUUGCCAAGCUGCCUGACUUUGCUGACGCUUUGGAGCACCCGCUUCGGGUGCCAAAGCCCAACACCAUAGAACUAAUAGCCAUGGACAUGCCCAUGGUGAGUGGUGAUCGCAUUCACUGCCUGGACAUCCUGUUUGCCUUCACAAAGCGUGUGCUGGGUGACAGUGGUGAGCUGGACAUGCUGAGGACACAGAUGGAGGAGCGUUUUGUGGCGGCCAACCCCUCCAAGGUGUCAUACGAACCCAUCACCACCACCCUCCGCCGCAAACAGGAGGACGUUUCUGCCAGAACCAUCCAGAACGCCUAUCGUGCUCACCUGAUCAGGCGCGGCAUCAUCUUCAAGCGCAUUCUGUCCAGUAACAGGCUGGAGAAUGGAGGGGCCAACCAAGAGAAGAAGGAGAGCACACCGUCCACUGCCUCGCUGCCGUCGUACGACAGCGUGACCAAACCUGACAAAGAGAAGCAGGACAAAAGCAAAGAAGACUGGGCCAAAAAAGAGAAAGACAAAAAUCAAAAAGAGGAGUGGGAAUCCAAGUGUUAGGACCCAGUGAAACACAACGAGAUGAGACUCUGAGCCCAGACACCCAACAAAUGUAGAAAAAAAUCAUUAAGAGAAAACAAACAAACAAAAACACACAAAAAAUGUUUACAUACUCUACCACUACUGAGGCAAUGAGGUUUCCUAUGUUGUCACUGACAGCUGAACCAAACACAAUCAGUUUACUGUGGAGCUCUUGCUGCAUAGUGACCAAGUUCAUAGAAAUGGGAAGUAAAUACAAAUAAAUAAAAAAACAGACUCAAUGUGCUGGCCAAUGGCACACCUUUUCCUUGGGGACCAACUGCCACAGUUAUCACUGCUAAAAUAUUGUGAAAUACCUGCCACCACCCAGUGUGGAAUCCCGCUGCCAAGCUCCACUGCUAUGGGACUGGAUCACACAGAUCCCCAAAGAACUGUACUGCAGUCUAAGUGUGGGUCUGCAACACUGAGUUUACCAAUCUUUAUCAAGAAGAAAACAAAAAUCAGCUGAAAAAAAACUUUAGCUUUGAGGGAUGCUAUAGGGAGGGGAGGAGUACGAACCAGUACAGUAGAUGAAAAUUUUUUAUUUUUUUGUUCRUGCAGAGUAAACUGGCAUCUUCACAUUAUUWGAGCAGMAAAAAACWAAACAAAACAAAAAACAUUUAGCCCACAUCACUGGUCUUUUCAUCCUCUUUUUUUGUAUUGCUGACGUUCAAAAURACAUUUUCUACAUGGGCUGUCACGCUGAGCAGGUGCGGGUCAUUAGUCAGUGUUUUGACUUGGGUUGAAGGAAGACUCGCUCAGUYGGAGUUCCAGAAAAAUAUUAAUUUUUGUGCUUGUUAAAUGCAUAGAAAUGACUUGCAUGAAGGCAUGUUUUGAUCAGGAAUCAUGCAUGAGUAAUCAUAGUCCACAAGACGAAUUCUCAGACCACUGCAGUGACUUGACUACAGGUUUGAGGCUGUCCGCUGAGAAUGUUAUGCAAAUGGAAAGUGAAGCUUUUGGAUUAUGAUAUAAGGGAAUAUUUUAGGAACUGUAUCUGUAAGGUCCUACAUUUCACUGCCUUUGUUUCUGAACAGAUGAGGAUUUUAUUCAGCUCCUAAUGGAAAAUAUAAGCACUCAUUCUCAGUCGGAUCAGCCAACAGUGCAAUAGAAAAGUGUGUGCUUUUUUUUUUUUUGCUGCUCUGAAUGUCGUUAGUGUAGAAAGAAACGUGGAGUGUGUGAGUGUUAGACAUUAGAAUAUCCUCAUGUUGAGGCUGCACUGAUUUGGAAGCAGAUCUUAGGUUUAGGUMUUUUGUUUACUUACAGCCAUCUUAAAGGUUACCUUUUUAAUUUGCUUCUGUUAGAGUAGUGAGAGCAGGAGAUGUUUCAYGCCAAGGAAUCCGUAUCCGGAGCCAGUAAGAGUCCAAUGCGCCACUCCUGCAGUUCCUGCAGAGGGAACAGAAAUAUUCAUUCAUUUUAUUUUUCUAUGGGUGUUUUGGAGCAAGUAGAACUGAAAACUAUGCGAAGGCAAAGACAUUGCUGAGUACUUUCCUUAAAGGGAAUUGCUUUGUGCUGAAUCAAAUCGGCAUAAAAAUUUCUCUCGUGAAGGAGGCUUUAGGCUGGGCUUUUAUGACAAUUUGAGUUUUUCAGCUUUAGAGAAAAGAGAAGCCUUGAAGACUUUUACUGAUGUCCAAGUGAUGCAAUCAUUUCAGGAAAGGCUUUCGAUCAGUUGAAGUGACACUGACCAUCUGAUUCAGCUGAGGUAGCAGAAAAUGAUGACAAGGAUGCGUCUUGUGUGUAGCGUGUAUAGGAAGCAUAUCGCUGUGCCGGACCUGUGGUUUGGGCUGUCGAAUUGAAUGAAUUGGCUCUUUCAGGGAGGCGAACGCUUCAAUAACUAUUCAAAUGUGGACCAAUACAUAGAUAGAGACCCUCCCUUCGGUGUUCUUGACUGACUGCCAUGAUAAUGAGAGAGAAGGGCAAAUGAAGAGGACGACGAUGGUGCUUUGGGUCUGAGUCAGAGUGCUGAAAGUCCCAUGUUUGUCAGUGUAUCAUUGUGCUUUUGUGGGACCUCUUAAACACUGUGUGGUCUUGGAGCCAGGCUUGCACCAUCUUUUAAACUCGUUCACCUGCUUAGCUAGAGACRGAGGGUAGAAGAGCUAAGAGUUGCUGAGAAAAAAUAAAAUAAAAUCAUCAACAGACCUCACAUUGAAGCAGCUAUGUUGUAUAAUAAGCUUUGUGGGUGUUUUUACAUAGGGAGACAAAAAAUAAAAUAAUAAAGGUAAAUCUGAGGAGUUGAGUGGUGAUUGAGACACAACUUCCUCUAUAAAUGUUGCAUUUCUUUUCUACACAGGAGCAAUGGUCCUAUUUCUAAAUGGUUGUCCAGACUUAAAUCUGGCAUCCAUCGUCGCACCACUAACUCCGUUUUGGUGUGUUUGAACACUGCCUGUCCCAAACCUCCCCGUCYGCCUACAACAAUAAAUGAGGUCUGUUUACAAUCGGAGGCGGCUGCGCACUGAAACCAAAAACAUUCCCAAAACGAGAACCACAAGAGGAGCGAGCAACGUCAUCCAAUUUACCCGUGUUCAUCUUGGAUGUAUUAUUUUAGAAUUAUACAUUCACAUUUAAAUAAAUAUAAAAAGAUUUUAAAAAAUAAAUAAAUAUAUGUACAGUGCAGGCUAUGUUGUAAAUGGCACAAACGUUGAAAAAGAAUGAACUUUUUGAGAGAAGCUAUAAAUAUUGUAUUAUAUUGUUUUAUUUUAUYGGCAUGCUUUGUGUUUUUUUUGUAAAUACAGAAUUUUAAAAAUGUUACUACUAAUAAUCAAAAAGUGAAUAAUAACAAUAAUAUAGAAUGGCUUCCAGUUAUGCCCUUUGUCACAUUUGUUACUUUUUGGAUCUUUUGAGACACUUUUCACUUUGUUGAUGGAGAUUGAAUGAAAUAUAGAUAUUAUAUAACACAAAAGAUAUAUACAUGUAUACAUAUAUGUCUAUAUGUAUAUACAUAAAGCAGAAGAACACUGUCACAUUUGAUUUUUAUGUGCAACACGUUCUGUGGUUGUCUAAAACUGGUUGUUUCCAGCACUCUUCUAUGUUGGGGAACUAGCUCAAUGUUAMUGGAUGUAGCCUGAUCAUGACAAAAAGGAAAAUGUUACCAGCACAUUUCUCACYUAACUCUUAUAUUUACCAAGACACACCUACAGUCACAAGGAAAGAAAAAAMCCCACCAAGGUGACUCUUCACUGCCCACCAGUUCUACUGAAGGACAACUGGAAACAAACUUUUACCCCAGAAAACACACACAUCAGUGCCAUUACAGCUCAACACACAYGCAGUCAUGUUGUCAUCCUCGCUCUUAUUUUAUCAACUCGUUUGUUUCUAUUCUUCCACUCGAUGGCAUGUGCCUUUUUUCUGCUUUUUCUGCAAAUCUGGAUGUCAAUGCCACACUGAAGAUAAACUACAAGGGAAAAAAAACACGUUUUCAGGGGUUGGGGGGAGGUGGGGGGGUUAGUAUAAGAAUAAUCAGGGGGAGGAUCAUCCAGACACCCUCCACUUCAUUCUUGAUAUCCAACAGUGUGUGAUGUUAACAGAAAACAAAAAACAACAAAAAAACAGCUAGCUCAAAAAUAAAAAAGAAAACGUCCUGUUCUUAGUGCUGURUGUGUGUCACUCACUUGGCUAGUGAAAAAGCAGCUUGCCUUCUAUAGUUUGGUUUGAGUUCAUCUGUAGUUCUGUUUCCAUCUGAAAUUUAUUUUUGUAUCAAUAAGAGUUAUUCUGGUUUUUUUAAGCAUGGUUUGUGUUUUCUUUUCUUUUUUUUUUUUUUGUUGCUGAAAAACAAAAAAACAAAAGUGCUUUUUCAAACUGUUAUCAUUUGACACCGUGACUAAAGAGGAUAUACAGUACAAUAUGAUGGUGUGUUGCACAACCACUUGGACUCUUGGUUUCAAAAUAUACAAAAGAUUGUCUUCAUUUUGAGCACGAACCUUUUUCUUACCAAUAAAGCAGCCUUCCAGUUA